AGAGGAGGAGGAGGAAGAGGAGGAGGAGGAAGAGGAGGAGGAGGAGAGAGGGAAACACAACAGGAAAACCCGGAAAGAAGAGUUUCUCGGGGGAAGCCUGUUGUUGAACCGAAGGCAUGUUUCUGGAGCGGGACCUGAGGUGAGCCGCUGGAGCUGGUUGAGCUGCGACGCCGUGUAAUAACGCUGCUUGGAUAUAUAGUUCUAUGAUUCUACGUUCAGCAUAUUAAUGCCUGGGGGAUGACCUCCAGGCGGCAGGAGCUGAUGUGACCUUUGAGAAUGACCUCUCCACAGCCACUUCUCUGCCGUUCCUCGGUGUCUCUUUCUAAUGAGGCGUCACACAAAGAGGAAGAUGCGGAUGAAGAGGAGCAGGGGGAGGAGUUUGAGUUUGAUGACAUGGAUGACAUGGGACCUCCAGAGAUGAGUUCUGGCUCUUUGAUUAGGAGUGACUGGAGAGCAGACACCGCAGUGUCAAACUUUUAUGCCAAUUCAGACCCGGUCCAGGGGACAGCAAUACAGGACAUGCAUGGAACAACCAGGACUGGGCAGAAGGGCCACAACCCCGCACUGUACCAGCAGCACUGCUCAGAUAUGGAGGUCAGGGAGUCCCCAGAAGGGUAUUCCACCUCCUCUGAUCUGGGGGUGACUGGAGAGUCAGAGAGCUUCUGGAAAGCGAACAGUAUUUAUGAAGAAAAGUCUUCGGCAGGCGGUCAGGACAAGUCCGGCAGUGCAAUAAACGGGUGCAACUCCCAGCAGGACACGGCUGAGACCGGGGUGCCCUCUUUAGUCAGCCCACAGACUGAACAUCACACAGCUGAGAUAGGCGGACCUGCCAACCAGAGUCCAGACAGUGUUGUCAGAGACCUCAAGGUCAUCUAUGACGACGUGCCUGCUGAGAACCUUCAGCACCCAGUGGAAGAUGUUGAUGACAUCUACGAGGACAUCCAGAGACCUGAUCACCGGGGCUCCAACGGCUGGAGCUCCAGUGAGUUUGAGAGUUAUGAUGAGCUGUCUGACAGCGAGAGUGUUCCUCCACCCCGCAGCAGCAGCAAGCUGCCUGCAGACGUGCUGAGGCUGAAGGAGCGUUGUGCUGUCACCAGGAGGGAGCUGGCGGUGCGUCUUACUCCACCUCAUGUUGCCCACAUCAAACAGAGCUGUGACACUAAGGUGCAGCAGUUGAUGAAAGCAGCGAGGAGUGGUACCAGGGGCAGUUUAGAAAAGACAAAGUUAGCUAUGAUUCGCAAAGUGUCAUUCCUGCAGAAAAAAGAUUCCACAGGUGAGGGAAGGGAUGAUGCAGGUUACCUGGAUGUGUCUGUGUGUGAGUUGAAGCACCCUCCACCACAACUGUGCCCCAUGCCGGAGGGGCUCAGCAGUCAGCAGGUGGUCAGACGUCUCAUCCUCAGCUCCAUUGUGCAGAGUGAGAGCAGCUACCUGAACUCUCUCAAGAGAAUCCUCCAGGAGUACCAGAAGCCUUUGUUGGAGCCACAGAACUGGAUCCUAAACCCCAAGAAGGUGCGUCACAUCUUUUACCGUCUGCAGGAGAUCCAUCAGUGCCAUUCAAUGUUCCAGAUCGCCUUGGCGUCCCGCGUGGCCGAGUGGGAUCACAGCGAGACCAUCGGAGACCUGUUUGUCGCCUCGUUUUCGAAGUCCAUGGUGCUGGAGGUCUACAGUGACUACAUCAACAACUUCACCAACGCAAUGACACUGAUCAAGAAGGCCUGCAUGUCUAAACCUGCUUUCCUGGACUUUCUGAAGAAGAAGCAGGCCUCGAGUCCGGACAGAAUCACUCUGUACGGCCUGAUGGUCAAACCCAUCCAACGCUUUCCUCAGUUCAUUCUGCUGCUGCAGGACAUGUUGAAGAACACUCCAAAGAUCCACAAUGACCGGCUGCCCCUGCAGCUGGCUCUCACUGAGCUGGAGACUCUGGCAGAGAAGCUCAACGAACAGAAGCGUCUGGCUGAUCAGGAGGCUGAGAUCCAGCAGUUGGCACACAGUGUGGGGGACCGCAACCUCAGCAAGCUGCUGAACUCGGGACAGCGGCAGCUGAUUCAGUGUGAACUCCUCACUGAAAUUGUUUAUGGUGAUGAAGGUCAAGUUCUCAAGUCGAAGGAGCGGAAGGUGUUCCUCCUCAACGACACCCUGAUCUGUGCCAAUGUUAACCUGAAGGGUCCCCCUGACAUCAGCAGCCUGGUUCCUGUUGGCCCUCAGUACACGGUGAAGUGGUGCGCCCCCCUGCUGCAGACUCAGGUGGUGGAGGUGGGACAGGACAGUCAGCAGAGAAGGGACAGUGUCAUCACAGCUAGACGCCACAGCUCCACCUCCAGCACCACUGGUAAAGUGUUCCUGGGUUCUUCCAGACUGUACCAGGAGCUGGAGGAGCUGCAGCAUGACAUGGCUGUGGUGCAGGAGGUGUCACUGCUGGUGGGCACCCUCCAUGGAACCUACCAGAAUCUAAACACCACAGUGUCUCAGGACUGGUGCCUGGCUUUGCAGAGGCUCAUCCGUCUGAAGGUGGAGGAGAUCCAGAAUGCCAACAAGUGUCACCUGCGUCUGUCCAUACCAGGCAAACCUGACAAAUCUGGUCGUCCAGGGAGCAUCGUUGUUGUCUUCAAGACACCCAGCCCCCUCAGUAAGAUCUCCUGGGUGAACCGGCUCCACCUCGCCAAGAUAGCUCACAGACAGGAAAACCCUCCUGGGUGGGAAUGUGCUGAAGAAGACGUGAAGACCAAAGCUCACUUUAGUUAUCCUCUGUUAACCUGCAAGCUUCCUGUCUUCUCCUCUAUGACACACUCACUGAAGCUGGAGGCAGCUCUUCACAGCCCGUCUCAGUCCAGCCUGCUGGGCUUCUGCAUUGCCAGUACGUCUUUACCACAGGGUUACCUCUGGGUUGCAGGUGGAGGAAGCGGCUUCAACCAUCAAGUGGAGAUCUUCUCGCUGAACCGAGCCACUCCUCGUCUGGUCAAGACCGUCCCGCUCAGGGCCCCGGUCCUCUGUCUGGAGUAUGUGAAGGAGCCAUGUCCCAGCACAGAGGAAAGGGAGGCUGAGAAGGCCCAGUCUGCAGCCCAGAGAGGAAACAUCAUCUGUGUUGGCCUGCAGGACGGCAGCAUCUGUGUGUACAGCAGCGUGGACACCGCUGUUCAUUGCCUGUCGACCUUGGUGAACCCUGAUGGCUGCCCCGUCCUCUGUAUUAAGCACUCGCCGUCUUUCCUCUUCGCUGGACUGGCCGAUGGCAAAGUGGCUGUUUACCACAGAAGGGCUGGCGAGAGACUGUGGGACGUGGACUCGUGCAGGCUGGUGUCUGUGGGCUCUGAGCCAGUCUGCAGUCUGCUGACAUUUGAAGACGCCGUAUGGGCCAGCUGUGCCAGCCGAGUCAACGUCAUCCAGGGAUCCAGCCUCCACACACGGAGCUUCACAGCCCAUUCUGAUGCCGGCUGCAGUGUGAGCCACAUGAUUCGUUCAGGCGGGGGGGUUUGGAUGGCCUUCACCCAGGGCUCCUCCAUUCACCUGUUUCACACUGAGACCCUGGAACCACUACAGGAAGUCAACAUCUCCACCCACACCGCCCAUCUGACACCAGGUCAGGUGUGUGUCUCCAGCUUGCUGAUCUGCCAGGGCCUGCUGUGGGUGGGGACCAGCCAAGGCAUCAUUGUCACCUUCCCUGUGCCCACACUGGAGGGUAUCCCCAAGAUCACAGGUAAGGGGAUGACGUCUCUGAAUGCCCACUGCGGUCCGGUGGACCUCCUGGUGUCCACCUCCAGCGCCUUGGCCUCCGACUUGCUCAAACGGGACUCCAUCCUCAACAGCAGCGAGGAGGGUGCCAACAGAGAAGCAGAGGGAGGUAAAGGUGAUGAGGGAGGAGGUGAAGAGGGGCACAGGUGGGAGCAGAGCAGCCUCCCGCAGGACUCAGCAGCUCCUCCACCAAGGGAGGAGAAGCCCAAGCGUCUCUUGCUGCAGUAUCGCCUCCACUCCACCUGCCAGCUGCCUGGGAAGCUGCUGUCAGUCCAGCCCGCACAGGGGACCCACAGGCCCCCCCCAGAAUCCCUGGUGCACAGCCAGGGAUUCUCCAUCUAUGAAGUGUGCGAGGACCCUGAUGUGUGGCUAAGAGGGCGGCCCGUGGAGUGGGGGAAGGAGGGGCAGGUCAGGUGCAACAAAGUCACCUCAACAGCCGUCUUCUCCGGUGGCAGAGGACACCGGUGGAUAGGACAGACGUCCUCACCAGGGCCCUGCUCGGCCUCCACUGACAACACACUGCUGGUGUGGCAGCUGCCUCUGACUCUCAGCCAAUGACAGACCAGCAUGUCACCUGACCGUCCUGCCACUGAGGCACUUGAUGUCAGUGGUUUGGUUGUGACAGGUGAACGCCAUAAGCACAUGUUGGCAAGCUAACAUUAAAGCUAACGUCCCAAGUGAAACCUACGAACACCAAAGUGAGCAGCUCCCUCCAGUGAUGUGCGUUUGGAUAUCAGUAUGCAAAAAACGUUGUGGAUGUGGUCUGAUUCAUUCAAGAGAAACGUUGCAGAUUUACAGCCAGCAGUAGAUGAUCGUCCUCUGUGUGUGGAGAACCAGUCCUCUAAACUCCAAGCCCGCCCACUUUUUAGAGUUCCAAUUAAAUGCAAAGGAUUUGAUUUUAAACUCUGCUAUGUGCACAUCUGUGACGUUUCUCUUUGUAAAACAUCACGGUACAGAAGCUAAAGAUGCUCUGACUUCCGUUUCAAUGGGACUAAUGAAGCUGGCCUGAUGCAGUGACUGUGUUCAGUUUCCUGAAGCCUUCCAGAAGUUUCCAUAGCCAUCUUGUGUGUAGGGAGACCACAACCUGGACUAUAAGAAGUGCAACCUCAAAGUGAUGUUUAUACAUGUAUGUAAGUGUACAGAUUAAACAAAUAAAUGUCAUUAUUUGUAUUCUGGAACUUUGAA